UCUUGACCUGACCUGUAGUUGGUCGGCAGAGAAAGACAAGGCAGAGUAACGGGAACUGGGUCGGUUUGGAAAUUAAAUCUAACAGAGAGAAACGUAGCUGAGCGUGGAGGCUACAACAUCCAAAGAAGGCUGGGAUCUGUUUCCACUUCCUGGCAUCUACAGAUGGAGAAGUAGCUGGUGGAGUGCUAGUACAGAAGAAGAGUUGAAACAUUGACUUCUGGCAGCAAAGUUUUGGGAAAUUACAUUCAGUAAUUAGUUUAUUUAAAUCAUGGCAAACAUGUGCCCAUAUGGCCGCUUCACCCACGCUGUGGUGCGGGGCAUCCCAGAGUCCUUUGGGAAGGCAGGGGGAGACAGUCGUAAGAACGGAGAGACCUCGGUGGAUCUGGCCAAAGCUCAGCGUCAGUUCGGCUGCCUGACAGGAGCCCUGAGGCAGAAGGUGGGCCUGCAGCUGAUCGAGAUCCCCUCUGACCCCGAGCUGCCAGAGAGCUGGAGGAUAGAGGAUGUGGCCGUCAUCCAGGGAGACACUGCGCUCAUCACCAGGCCCUUCAAGCAGCAGAGACGCAGUGAGGCGGAGGCAGUGAGGAAGGUGGUGUCAGAGCUGAACCUGACCGUGGUGGAGAUGGGGGCCGAGGAGGGGGACUCUGGAGGGGCAACGCUGGAGGGCAGCGACGUCCUCUUCACAGGGAGGGAGUUCUUUGUCGGUAUCUCCUCGCACACCAACCACAGAGGGGCUGAGGUGCUGGCAGACACUUUCAGGGACUUUGCUGUGUCCACUGUCCCCGUCUGUGGUGGGGCCCGACUGAGAAACAUCUGCUCUAUGGGAGGUCCAAACACAAUCAUCAUCAGCAACAGUGAUGGGGCCAAGAAGACCCUCCGGAUGAUGGAACAGCUGACUGAUCACCAUUAUGAAGUGCUCACUGUUCCAGAGGACUCAGCAGCAAACUGCAUCUACAUCAAAGGGCCGUCUAAACAUGACUUCCUGCUCCACCGGCCUGCAGAGGAAUGUCCUGACAGUGCCUCUGCCUUUCAGAAGCUCCAAGACUACACCCUCCUGCCUACUGCCUGCAGCGAGGCCUCCAAACUGGGAGCUUCUUUGUCCUCACUCUGCCUCCUGAUCAACAGAAAGCACACUUAUUUCUGAUAUCACACUAACCAUCUAUACUUUAGUUUUACCUGCACGUGUUCAUGGUGGAGAGAAGUCACAAACACUUUCCACAGAUUAACAUUCUUGUAUAUUUAUGUCUAGGGGAAAACACUGACUCACAGUAUUUGUAUGAGAAUGGGAUCCAAAUUUAACAUCUGCCAACUGAUUCACUGUCAGCUGAUUUUCAGCACAGCUGCCCCACCUGCUGUACAAACAGCACAUCAGUCUGGUUUAAUCACUAAAACGUUAUCAAAACUAUUCAUUACCACUGAGCUGUCAAAUAUUUAAUGAAAUGUGAGAACUGCUGGUACAAAGCUUAAGAUGUUUUAAUGCAAGUGUUUCACAUGCCUGCAGGUAUGAUAGAACACCAGUAAAAUGUGGCAUUACUGUCUUCCAAUACCUUGUCGGACAAUUUAUUAUUGGUUUAGCAGUAAAAAAAAUGUAUAACAAGUCUUACCUGUUAACAGCAGUGUAAGGUACACUGAGGAACCCUAUAUUCAUUAAGCCAUGUUGACAGAUUUGACUUUACAUGUCCUCAAUAAUAUACAUUUUUAGCUGCUAAAGGAAGCAGUUUGAAUUGGUUUAGCUUUCUUAUGUGUCAAUUUUCAGCGUGUAGUGAUGCCAAUAAAAUUAAACUGACAAA